AUGGUCAACCCAGUAUUGUCACUUUCGCAUGACAAUACGAAUGCCCUUGCGCAGGAUCAGUUCCCUGAGCUAACUCGACCGUACGUUCGGGUCAUCCAGCGGCCAGAAAACGAAGACUGGAUCAAGAAUGAGCAUUCUGAUCAGUCGGAUUGCGAUGAACAGGUGGUUGUACCGGCUGAGACUGACUUGAGCGGUCCUUUUGUCGAUGUUGCGCAAGAGCUGGUGAAUUCGUCGGAUAGCGAAGGGGGACGUGACCGAAAGAAGCGCGGCCGGUUUGAUGAGGGGCUGCGGAAGCAGACUUCUAACACCCGAAGCAUGGGCGCCUGCUUGCGGUGUCAUAAUCAACGUGUUCGUUGUGUACCCAACAAGCUCGACAGCAAAAGCCCGUUCGCGCCUUGCGAGACCUGUCUUAGUGUACAUCGAGACUCAAAGAAGACGAUCCACAACCUACCGUGUUUUCGAUUCAAGGUCACGUCCAUGACGGUCUUCCGGGCCGGUGGCCUGGGACUCACGCAGCGUUUUGACCACACCAAAGUAACGGAUGUUACCGAGUAUCCUGAUAGCACCAUCUAUGAGAUUCUGAUGGACCAAGGCCUUUGCAAGAGCCCGGUGCGGCUACGUGUCCGGCGGUUCCUCGAAAGGGAUGGCGACAUAUCGAAUCGGCAAUACAUGGACAACGGGGCGCUUAAGACCCAAGAAAUCAAGGCCUUUUGUCUUGUUGACGCCGAGAAGACUGCUAAGACUUUCAAAGAGUAUAUCUACCACAACGCUCUUGAUGGUCUUGCGGAAGCAGUCAAGGACUCGGACGGCAUGAUCAGACAGACCUUUGCCAUGAUUGCCAAACACUGUAGCUCGUUACCUGAACCAGUCAAGUUGGAGGGCGCCGAGUCACGAAAGGAGGCCAGGAAGAACCCGGAUCAGAAGGAGUUCUUGGAGAAGGCUGUUAUCCUAUGGUUUGCUAUACGACACGGGACAUAUUCGGCAUGGCUUUGUGGUGACGAACUCUUGGGGAUGGCUCCAGAGACUAACCCCAACGCUCCAAACUAUGGCCAUGUGUCGGUGCCCAGGAUGAUUGUUGCGCAAUUCGACAGCAUCCGACACGAGCGUAUCUACAAAAAGCUCGCACCCCAAGUCCUUCGGACCCUUGAGACGUUCCUUACAUCGUGCAACAAGGAGGCCUGGUUCACCGUUUUCCUCGCGACCUUCUUGCUACUCCAUCAGGUGGCCUGCACUUGUGCGGACCGGUACCGUUGUACCAAGAGAAAUGCCCCGAAAGGGGGUCCGGAAUCACGCUACGGGGAGAUCGAUCAUCCGCUCACCCGCCUAGUUGAGGAAGUACAGCAUAGUGCCGUGAUGUUGCUCGCCCACUGGCAAUACUUCAAGCGGUGUGAUCUCAUGAACUUCAACUGGAAUGACGUGGGAGAUUCGGCCUUGAUGUUCCUCGAGCCAUAUCAGCUCAAGUUCGUGAAAGACAUGGUUGCCCACGUCAAGAAGAAAUGUAAGCUGGAGACGAUCCCGAAGACACCAGCGGAGGGUUGCUGGGAGCAUGAAUACUUCUGGAUCUCCCAGAUGUUUCUCUCGGAGCCUUCGAAAUCAUCUGACUGGACACCUCCCGAAACAUUUUCAAGGGAGAAGCCCAGUGUCGGCAGAGAGACGAUAUAA